GUUAUUUUGACAGUUGCACAAUUGAUAGGUUAUGUCACUGCCAAUGCCGUUUAUUUUGCAUACAAGUGAUUUUUAUAAAAUUUCGUAAAAUUUCUAUACACCUUAUAGUUGGAAAGAAAGAAAGUUGCAUUAAUGAGUUUCCCAACAAAGGAAGAACGUACGCAUUGCUGGGCGUCGCGUGAUGAAUACUGGCAGUGUUUAAGUGAACACGCACCCAAACACAGCUCGACAAGUGGUGAAAGAGUGCCGGAUGCUUGUCGAAAACUACGAAAAGCCUUCGAGGAAUCGUGUCCACGGCAGUGGGUGAAACAUUUUGACCGUAAAAGAACAUAUGAACAAUUUAAGGAGCGCAUGGAGAAAGGUUUUGAUCCGCUUGAAGAAAGCAACAAAAAGCCAACACCGACCAAAUCGUAGUUGAUAAUCGAAUUUGUUAUUUGCUUUUACUAAUGUUAAACUAAAUAAAAGUAGUCACUUAAACUAUA